UAGGUCCCCAAGUCUCAGUUUAUCACGUGAUGACGUAAUUGACGUGAAAAAUCAAGAAAGGCUUCAAUAUCUUCAAUCUUCACACAGACAGAACAUUUCGUCUUUUAAAACGAAUAUUAACGAGUUACUUCAAGAAUGAAUAAACUCAAAGAGCGUAAGAAAAUAUAUUGCAAUGUUUGCUCCACAUAUAUAUCAUCCGUCUUUUUAGUUGUUUGACUGUAACUUCUGUGGCAGAAACUUUAUUGGCGAUUCAUGAAAAUGGGAAGAAACACAAAAGGUUUUUGAAAAAUCGUGAGGAUAAGAAGAACAGUGCUGAUCGUAGUAUUUAUGUUCGUGGUUUUAAAAACAGUGCAACUUUGGACAGUGAUAUAAAUGAAUAUUUUUCUCAUUUUGGAAAAAUUGUAAAAUAUUUUGUUGAUAAGGAGAAGACAAAAUAUGCCAUUAUUGAGUUUGAAAGUUCAAUGAUUGUUCAGACUAUUCUAUCUUCAAAGCACUUGCCAUUACUUAAUGGUAGGAAGUUGAUCAUAAAAAAACGGACUUUCAAAGAACAAACUGAAGAAAGUAGCAAGCAACCUAGCCCUAAAUUUGAAAAACACAAAGGAUGGAAGAGCAGAAACUGUUAUUUAAACCAGGAUGUUAUUGAAAGAAUGAAAAUGUUAUCUUUGUUGGAUGAACAGAUACAAGAACUUGCUACAUCAAUAUCCUUAAAUGAUGAUGACCUAAAACUAAGAAAUCUUGUGAUAAUGUAUUUACAAGAAAUAUUUGUUGAAGUAUUUCCUACGUGCAAGAUCGUGCCAUUUGGAUCGAUGGUGACUGGACUUGGUUUGAAAGGAGCAGACAUUGAUCUUUGUCUUCAAGUUGAUGCAGAUAUUUUACAUUCAGUCAUUGACCAGUGUGAUGGUGCUUUUGACAUCACUGAACAAGUGUUAGAUUUUAUUGUUGAUGUUCUGAGAAAAUUUGCAGCAGGAUUUAAAAAUGUCAUCAAUGUUGUUUCCGCAAAAUGCCCUUUAGUUAAAUUUUGCCAUCGUGAUUCUGGGUUAUCUUUUGAUUUGUCAGUCAAUAACAGGUUGGCUUUGAGAAAUACGAACUUGAUUCGGUCAUAUCUUUCUUUGGACGGGCGCAUUCGAACAUUAGCUAUCGUCUUAAAGAAUUGGGGGGCGUCAAAAGGUGUUUCAGGUCGAGGUGGAGGUCAUCGGUUAUCAAAUUAUUCACUUAUGAUAAUGCUGUUACAUUUUCUCCAGCGUACGCGACCGCCAGUCAUUCCCGUGUUACAAUUUACAAGCAGCUCGUCGGAGAGCACUGAUGAGGAUGAGGAUGGUGAUGUUGUCAAUAUAAAUGGCUGGGAUUGCAGUUUUUACUCAAAUGUUUCACACACAUCUGAAAAUAUGGAAUCGUUAGGUAAACUAUUGAAUGAGUGGUUUCUAUAUUUUAGCGAAACAUUUGAUUAUUGUAACGACGUUAUUACGAUUCAACGGGACAUUCAUCAGCGCAUUUCAAAAGCUGCUGUUAAGAAUUUACGCGGAAAAGCUAAAAACUCGAGAAUCUUCGAACUAUCCCCUUUGUGCGUUCAAGACCCAUUUGAUCUAUCUCACAACUUGACUCAAAAUAUUUCAAUGGAAACUCUCGAGCUUUUCUGCAAAUUUUGUCGUGAAGCGAAGAUUCUGCUUUCUUGUUGCUUCGAUGCACAGCCAAAUAAUGCGGAAAGGAAUUUAAAAAAAAGUGAUGGUUUCAUUGACCUAUUUCUCGUACCAAACAACGAAGAACGAAAGUCGGAUAAACACGUUUAUUCUUUUAAGAUUCCUUAUGUCUCAUCCACUUAUAUCCCUCUUAGUCCUUUGGAAAAGACUAGUAAGUUUGUUCUGAAUCUUUUAAAGAAUGAUUUACGAAUAAUAUGUGAACGCCUAAACGAAAAAGUGGAAGAGGAAGCUGGUAUAAUUGGGCCGACGCCGUUAACUAAGGAGAUGAAUGAUGACCUUGAAAGUGGAAAAAUUAAAAGGGAAAAGCAAAAUAAAAACAUUGUUCUAGAGGAAAUCGUUUUAAUAAGUGGACAUUCAGCAAUAAAAGAGGACGUUUCUUCAUUCUCCUGUAAGAGAAGACGCGACUAUGGUGAAAAAGAAGAACAAUAUUCUAAUCAUGGGAAACGAUUAAAAAUGGAUGUCGAAAAAGAAAAAAAGUUUUUUGAUUUUUUGUGUGUAGCUUACGAGGUCAGCUGGCUUAAUCGACGUCGCCAACGACGGGUUCACGCGAUAAACGGCAAAGCAAGAAACUUUGGCAGUUACAUUGAGCAGGGGUGCUCUGUGGUAAAUACAAACUCAUGCACUUUGCAAUGUUCUAAUACUGGAGCAGAUACAAACUUAAGUACUUUGCAAUGUUCUAAUACUGGAGCAGAUACAAACUCAUGUACUUUGCAAUGUUCUACAACUGGAGCUGAUACAAACUCAAGUACUUUGCAAUGUCCUACAACAGGAGCAGAUACAAACUCAACUACUUUGCAAUGUUCUACUCUAGGAGCAGAUACAAAGUCAGCUAAUUUGCAAUGUUCUACAACAGGAACAGAUACAAAGUCAACUACUUUGCAAUGUUCUACAACAGGGGCAGAUACAAACUCAACUAUUUUGCAAUGUCCUACUCCUGGAGCAGAUGCAAAGUCAACUACUUUGCAAUGUCCUACAACAGGAGCAGAUAGAAACUCAACUACUUUGCAAUGUUCUACUCCAGGAGCAGAUAAAAACUCAGCUACAUUGCAAUGUCCUACAACAGGAGCAGAUACAAACUCAGCUACAUUGCAAUGUCCUUCAACAGGAGCAGAUACAAACUCAAGUACUUUGCAAUGUCCUACAACUGGAGCAGAUACAAAGUCAACUACUUUGCAAUGUCCUACAACAGGAGCAGAUACAAACUCAACUACUUUGCAAUGCUCUACAACAGGAGCAGAUACAAAGUCAACUACUUUGCAAUGUUCUACAACAGGAGCAGAUACAAACUCAAGUACUUUGCAAUGUCCUACAACUGGAGCAGAUACAAACUCAGCUACAUUGCAAUGUCCUUCAACAGGAGCAGAUACAAACUCAAGUACUUUGCAAUGUCCUACAACUGGAGCAGAUACAAAGUCAACUACUUUGCAAUGUCCUACAACAGGAGCAGAUACAAACUCAACUACUUUGCAAUGCUCUACAACAGGAGCAGAUACAAAGUCAACUACUUUGCAAUGUUCUACAACAGGAGCAGAUACAAACUCAAGUACUUUGCAAUGUCCUACAACUGGAGCAGAUACAAAGUUAACUACAUUGCAAUGUUCUACAACAGGAGAAGAUAGAAACUCAAGUACUUUGCAAUGUUUUUCAGAAUUUGAAAACGAAUGUCAUCAGAAGGGUGCAACAUUGCCUAUUUUUAAGUUUAAACUUACCAUUGUGGAGCAAAUUUGCAAGGAAGAUGUAGAGAUUGACAAUGAAGUGUGUGAGGUUGUUUUGACAUAUCUCAAAGGCUCAUUUUCCUACUUCUCCAAUUUUUAUGCUUUUUUUAAGAAGUUUUUGUUGCAGAAAUUAAAUUCAGCAAAUGAUUGAAA